UAAGAACAUUUGUACUACGAAGUAGUAUAAGUUCGUUUCUAAAAGAAAUAUCACUUUGAAUAUAAAGAAAUUAUAUAAUAGAAACUCAAUAUCGUAGAUUCGAUAUAAGUUGAUACUCCUUUAAAACGUACACUUAAGAAAAAAGAUAAAUAGACAAAUAAGUGUCUUAUAAAGGAAAUGGACGGUGGCUACGUUAUGGAUAAAGUUUCAAAUAUGCCAGUUGACAUUUUCCCAGUGACCAUAAAUGAUAUUAUAGAUGCUCACAACCGCAUUCGUCCACAUAUCCACCGCACGCCUGUACUAACUUCAGAGACUUUUGACCGAGAAUAUGGGGCGGGAAGAAAGUUUUAUUUCAAAGCGGAAAACCUACAGAAGACUGGUAGUUUUAAAGUUAGAGGAGCCCUGAAUGCUAUAUUUAAGUUAGAGGGAUCAAAGGACCAUAUUAAGGGCGUGACUACGGAUAGUAGUGGUAAUCAUGGCCUAGCAUUAGCAUGGGUGGCAAAAAUGCGGGGACUAAAGUGCACUAUAGUUACACCAAAGGAUACACCAGUCGUAAAAAUACGUGCGAUUAAAAGUUACGGAGCAGAUGUCAUCCUGUGCGAACCGACGCUAACUUCGAGGGAAGAAACUUCCAAGCGCUUUGCGGAAGAGAAUAACUACGAAAUCAUUCCAUCAGCAGACCAUUAUGACAUCAUUGCAGGACAGGGGAGUAUCGCAUUAGAGUUUUUAGAAGACGUUCCUAACCUUGAUGCUAUUCUCAUACCGGCUAGUAAAGGUGGCAUGACAGCUGGCAUCACGAUUGCAGCUAAGGCUAUUAAACCAAACAUUAAAAUUUUCGUUGUCGAACCAGAUGGGAAAGAACUCGAAAAAUGUUUGAGAGCAGGUAUGAGGCUCUGGUCCAAUCCUCCAUGUUUUGUGGAUACUCUUGCCGAAGGGAUAAAAAUACACAACGACACUUGA